UUGGGUUUUGUGCAAAGAAAAUGUAAACAAUUUGGCACCGGAGACUCACAGCUGUUGCUAUAGUGUAAACACAAACAGACUAUUCUCACUGAGUGUCUUAUAUGAAAUAUAAUAAUAAUAGUGUAUAUAUAUGUAUAUGAAUCUCUAGCGCAAGAUGUCCACCCAUCCACUGUAAGUGCAACUCUUUGCGCACUGUUCAGCGACACAGUAAUCUCACUUCUCACUUUGUUGUGCACAUCGGGAAUAUGUUUGUAAGUGAACACAGACCUGUCUGGUAUUUUAUACCUGGGUUCCAAAACGUGCACGAGCUGUCUGAACCCCUCGUUGUCCACCACGCUAAGGCUGGAGGUCUUUGCAUAUGAAAUAAGCAGUGGCAUUAGUUAUAGCCAUUGCGCGGUCACAGUGACUUGCAAGGGGACUCCCAAAAUAAGAGGCAAUUUUUUUCUGAUCCUGACCUGGUUUACCAAGAGUUUCUCCGGUGUCCGACGAGGAACUGGGCGGGGAAGCGGGAGGGAAACUUGUCGGUGAUCUGGUGCCAUCGGUUUAAGUGGGUCUGCAUAUUUGUGGUGCUGCCGUUGUAUGGCUUCUUAGUGCGACAUUCCUUGCAAAUUACGGAGGUUUUAUCAAGCUUUCCGUCUUUCUUUUCGAAGCCGUAGUAUUUCCAAACAUAAGAUUUGAAUGUUGCGGCUGCAUUAAAUAUAGUAGUUUCCUUGCUGCUGCGUGCGCUAACUUCCAUAAUGUUUCGCUCGUUGUGUACUGGACUGUAUGUGACGCACGGCUACCGUCCGUAUUCAACACAAAACGCAAAGCAAUGAUGGUGCAUUCAUUGCGCUUAGGAAAGGGCAGAUAUGUGACGUUUAACAUGAAUAAAACGGCGAUUGAAUCGGAUUUUACCGAUACCCAUCAAUGCAUCGUGAUGAAUCGCGAUUUCACCGAUACCCAUCAAUGCAUCGUGAUGAAUCGCGAUUUCACCCGUAAAUCGCGUCGUACCCAGUGAAUGAGCCGAUGCACUCGGAUCGCGGUGGUGCGCAUCGAUGUAUCGAUUAAUAUCGAUUAUUUUCCACACCCUUACUGCCCGUAGACAACUGGGAUAGGCUCCAGCACCCCCCGCGACCCUCGUGAGGAUAAAGCGGAUCGGAAAAUUGAUUUAUGGAUGGAAUUGAUUGGACAACAUCCGCAAACACAUACUUGAAACAGUACAGCCAAGAUUCCUCGGGACCUCCGAGAACCAUUUCUGAUUAAAACUUGCCGUUGACCACUGGUCACUGAUGGUGUUGUGCCGGACAUGUAUGCGGGCAGCGUUGGAUCGGUUCCCACUCAGUGACGGUGUCAAUGUUCGUUUGUCUAUAUAUGUAUCCUGGGUAGACCAGCGCCCACAGUUCAGGGUGUAGCAUUAUUACCGAUUCGUCUUACUGUUUAUUGUGUAUGUUAAAUCGCUCCAUGUACAGCACUUUGUAUGAAGCGAUGGCUGUUUGAAAGUGCUCUAUAAAUACUGUUGACUUGACUAGUCUGCCUUCUGCCCCAAGUCAGCUGGGAUAUGCUCCAGCAACUCCCCGCAGCCCCUGUUUAGGAUAAGUGGUGUUGAAAACGGAGGUAUGUUGACCAGCGUUAUAAGACAACUUCUUCAGAUUGUAGUUGCUGUUCUGUAUUAAUUAUAUACUCCCCAUUUUGAGUAAGAAAAAACAAAAGAAAAACAUUGACAUGUGGUGCAGAUCUAAUGAAUGUGUGAUCUUUUGCUUUUACAGGUGGGCAGACUCUGCAAAUUAAGACACCCUGCCUGAAUGUAACAUCAGGAAACAAUUCAAGUCAUGAAAAGAGCUGAGUACAGGUAUAUUUUGACUUGUGUUGCCCUCCCAUAGCAAGUUAUCAUUAUUAUUGUUUCUCACGUAUGAAAAAGGAAGGUUAUGAGCUAAUGAGCAGAGCAGGCUGCUCAUUAGCUUGCGCUCCAAAGCCUUCCAACUGGAAACAGUUUGCCCUCUGGUGGAAACGAGCUGGCCAUCUCGCCACUAUUUCUGAACGUGAAUCAAAGCAUUGUCUGUACACUGAGUGGACUGUCUGUCAAAAAUGAGCUACACUGACUACUGGCCGACGGACUACGACCCCUCCUCCUCGGCUCCGCCCAGCUUCGCCAGGGGUCCCACAGUACUGGAGCCCAUAGUGGGACAUCCUGAGCAGGCUGCGGCCUUGUGUUUUGUCGGCCUGCUCCUGCUCCUGCUGCUCUUCUUGCUGGUCCGCUGCGUGCGUAUCCUGCUGGACCCCUACAGCAGCAUGCCGGCGGCGUCGUGGACCGACCACAAGGAGGGUCUGGACAGAGGGCGUUUUGAUCAUGCGGUGGUGUGAUGAGAUUAGGUGGGCCAAUUGUUGGUUUUACCGUGGUUUCAAAAACUCAAGGUUUCAAGAAAUGCUAAUGCUGUCUUGUCUUCUAACCAGGGCACCAUAUGAUUGGCUGCUUACAGAGUUGAUUAAAGAGCUGCCUCUUUGAAGUGAAUUGGGGCAUUUGCUUUUAUUUUUUUUCUCCUUCUCGGCAAAGACAAUGUGGGGAGGGGUGAGCAGUUACGCACGGAGGAGUGGGGGAGCAAGUGAAAGAAAUACUGCAGCCCACGGGUAUGUUUUACAAAUAGCUCACAAGUGAUGGCACACUGCAACUUACUAAGAAUUCAAAAGGUGUGUAUUUAGUUCAUCAUUUAAACUUAACGCGGUGUGUGUGUUUUUUUAAAGUAACGUAUAUUUUUUUCAAAAAAUAAAAUAGUGUGUUCAGUGGGGAAAAACGCCAUUCUGAUUUAGCCAAAUAUUUUGAAAAAACAUUUGAGAGCUGUAAUAAUAACACCGUGAUAUGUUUUCUCAUGGUUAUAUUAGCCUCUGGAUGAAAUAUCGGCCGAUGCUGAUAUCAGACAAAUGCGAGUCAUUGUAUAAUCUUCCAGACAGCCAUUUUCUUAAGAUGUGGUUUUCAAACUUUUGGGGUUCAUGAAAGAAUGGACAUAAAUCAAACAGAACUACCAGAUGUGCAACAAAAUAUGUUAGGAAGAAGUUGCCUCAGUUAGGAAGAAGUUGCCUCAAUUUCCUCAAGUAGUCAUGUUAAAAUGGCAAUUUCAGAUUUUUUAAAUAAAAAAGUCCUAUUUCUCAGAGAAUCAAGUUGUAUUUCUACAAGAUAAAGUUGCAAUAUGAUGAUAUCAAAGACAGAAAAUGAAAAUCACAUGUUAGCAAGUGAAUUUUAAAAGUUGUCAUUUUACAAUGAAUUAUUUUUUUUAAACGAGAAACAAAGUUGUAUUGUUAUAAAAGUAAAGGUUUUUCUGGAAUGGAUGGAUAGAAAGAAACAAAAAUGCGUUUGGAUAAAAUGUUUUAAUCUUAGAAGAAUACAUUUUCAAAGAUGGCAAGGAAGGCAUACUGUUGUAUUAAAGGCAGUAUUUGACAUGGGAAGAAGCCAUGUUUUCACAAGUGGAUUAAGAAAUUGUACUUUAUUUUUGUGCUGACAUAUUUUUUUUAUUCUGGAAAAUAUGCCAUUAUUAUCUUUAAAAGGAAGGACUACAUUUAAAGAUUGUAGUUGCAUUUAAAUAUGAUCCUUGUUGAAAUUAAGUUCUCUUCACAAAUCCAGGCACAAUUAUGAAUGCAGAUGUUCAAAGAAUGCAUAAUGCUGCAGUGGCUAACAGUAUUAAGCAUACAUUUUGGGGAGAAAACCUGUUUUGUCUUUUGAUGAACACUUGGACCUGCUAUGCUUCUGUAUUCCAAUGUUUGUCAUGGUGCCGCGACUUGCUAGCUUUUUACAAAUAAUUACGGGAAAGAAAAAUCAGCCAAAAGACCUGAAAACAUAAACACUGAUUAAGUGAACAUGAAAAUGUGCUGUAUUUGAAGCUUGUACUGGAACUCUGCUCUGCGAUAUGUAUAAAAACUUGGAGCUGUAGUUUCAACGUGAACUGUUCAGGUGAUGCGCUCAGGUAGAAUUCUGUUAACCAAAAACAUCACCAUUCCUGAGGGAUGCUUUUUGCCAUUGUCAAACUGACAUCUUGUAAUGCAUAACACUGGUUCCGGGUUUUACUGGUCCUUUUAGGAGGCCUGGAAUGUUCAAAGUGGGCGCACGAUCUAAUGAGAUCCAACAGUCCAUACCUUCCAAUAGAUACUGGAUUGUGUGAGAUUGGGCGGGUGUGCUGAAUGAAAUGGACGGCUUUCAACGUGUGCACCAAUCCCCAUAUGCCUUUCGUCCUCAGCCAAAUAUGUUCAACGGUGCCUGUUUGACCAAGUGUUGCCACUGUUACCUUGGGCCACUUGUUUUGUCAAAACUCUUUCUCCCCUUUAAAUCCGAUGCAAUGUCUCCCUGACAUGUUUUUAGGCAUUUUAGCAAUGGCGAAUUGUUUUCUUUAACAAUGAAAAAUACCCGUUUAGUUAUGAAUAAAUAAAGACACAAACGAA